UAUGGCAUGGCUUCUUUCUAGUUUCUACGCUAUUCCGCCCUCCAUUUUGUUAGUGUCUUUUUUGUUGCUACUUGAUUAACGUGCUAGUUUUAACAUAUUAAUAGCAAUAUAAAUCAUUUCUUGAAAAUAUUAUAAUGUCAUCUCGCGGUCGAGGGUACGGCGGAAGAGGGAACUACACCGGCCGUGGUAGCAGUUACAGAGGUUCUUAUCGUGGAAGUAAUAGCCGUGGCAAUUAUGAUAGCGGUCGUGGUGGUCGGGGCGGAGGUUAUUCCUCUUAUAACAAUGACUCCCGUUAUAACAGCAGCAGCGCAAACAGAUAUGCUUCAAGUCGUGACAGAAUAGAUGACUCUUAUAAAAAACCAUAUCGAUCGGAAAGUUCUGCUAGUUAUUCAAAUCGUGACUAUGGUGGUAGAUCAGGCUCCCCAGAUCGCAAAAGGAUGAGGAUGGAGAGUUAUGUACAGGGCUCCUCAAGCGAUAGACGUAGUCACGACGGAGGGCACUAUGGCGGUUCGUACGGCGGUAGACAGGAGAGUUACGGCGGCGAGAGACGGUCGUUCGCCGGCGAAGACAGAAGGCGAUCGCCGGCCCGAGACAGCUAUCGCAAAGCGAGCGGCAUGGGCCCGCCGCGAGAACCGCCCCGGCCCUCGGCGCGGCCCAGGGCGCCUCGCCGUUCCUUCCGCGGACGCACUCUGCGCUCUCGCGCUUCCUAUCGAGGAGCCCCGCGCUCGCGCGGCUCCUUCUCUUCUAGGCGAUUCGCAGAACGAUCGCUAGGAUACACCCGAGCAUUCAGAAGUGUUAAGGGGCGAAGCUCUGUAAAGUCAAAAGAAGAUGAAGCAUCAUCAACAGAAGAAGAUUGGGAAGCUGAAGAAAAAGAAGAAACUGUAGAAGAGAAAAAGGAAGUUAAAGCCAAAUCACCCAAGGAGGAAGUUGAGGCUUCUGAGGGCGAAGGCGUUGACGGCGGUGAAGACACGGAUAAGGAAGCCGAUGCCGCCUCCGACACUGCACCCUCGCAGCCAUACGUUCACCUCUCUUGCGUGCAUUGCAAAGAAAAAUGUGCUACGUUCGCCGGAUACGCGAAGCAUUUGUUGUCGAGUAAGCACCGGGCCGCGAUGAGCGCCGUGGCACGGCGACACAAGGCGCAGUUGCUGCGCAUGCGCGUGGCUCAACGCGGCGCGCAGCGCGAGCUGGAGGCGGCAGCCGGCGCCGAGCUGGCGAUGCGCACCACGUUCUGCCUCGUUUGCCGCCUCAACCACCGCACCACGCGCCACGCGCACAACCUUACCGACACUCAUCGCGCCAUGAAGCGGUUCCUCAUGCCGUUCUGUCGUAUCUGUCGAAUCACGUUCCGAUCGCCCAUGAUAUAUGAACAUCAUAUUUCUUCCAUUGAACAUCUCAAGAAAAAAGCUAAUCAGACUGCAAGGAGGCUCAGCCCGAAAGCUGAAGGUAGCGGAGAUGAGGGUAUGGAUGUUGAUCUAGACAACUUUAUGACGCUCGACUCCGUAGGCGACGUAGAUGAAGUUGAAGAUGAAGAUUCGGGUGGCGAAAAAAAAGAAGAAGCAUCUCCAAAAAAAACAAAAGUUGAAAUCAAUAUUGGAAGUGAACAUAUCAAGAAGAUGGAGGUGUGGUGGUGCGAGCUGUGCCGCGUGUACUUGCCGCGCGCGGACACGGGCAGCGCCGAAGAGGCGGAGGCGCUGCGGCGCCACUGCCGCCUGCGCAUCCACCUCGGCCGCUACGUGCAGCACCGUGACACGCGCACGCUGCGCCGCCACGCCGAGCGCAUCCACCGGCAGCUGCACCAGCAGAAAGAAGAUGAAAAGGAAGCAGCGACUGAAGACACUGACAAAAAAGUUAAGAUGGAGAAAACUGAACCAACUAUUGAAAAGAAAAAUCACGAAAAUGGCGCAGAUUUGGCAAAUGCUUCUGGCAACGAAGAUAAGUUGUGGGCUGAUGUUGAUAAAGACAUUGGAGAGCUACUUAGGGAAGUAGACCCACAAGGCAAUGAAGCUAGUGAUGAUGAAGAGGAUCUCGGAAGGUAGUCACUUUAUAAGUAUGACAAGUUUCGAAAAAGCGACAAGAAAUCUAAAGCUGGUGAAGGCGAUGAAACAAACCCCAAAACUGACGAAAACAUUAAUGAAAAAGUAAACGUUGAAGUUAAAUCUUCCGCUUAAAAUACAUAAUUUGUUUUUA